AUGGAACCCGAGGAACCCGAAAGCGAGCCCAAAGAAGGACUGGACACACGUCGAGCAUGUGACCAAUGCCGACUGCGAAAGAUCCGCUGCGACAAACGCACGCCAUGCGCAAACUGCCGUACAUCCAAGAUCGUCUGUCGCUCUACGGGAGCAGGACAGAAGCCUCCGGAGCCACGGCGGAGGGUCUUGAUUUCUAGUCAAUAUGAGCAGAAGAUCGACCUAAUUGAGGAACGCCUUGCAAGCAUCGAGGACGCCCUCCGUGAUCUAAAAUCAACUAUAACAUCCAGAACUUCAGACAACUCGGCUCCUACUACUGCUACCGCUGCAGCUGCAGAAGCUAACCCAGCAAUUGAACCGCUAUACCAGCCCACAGCAACACCCACCCCGCGACAAAUCCACAUAACCCCCACAACCCCAAGCUACCCUUCUCGCACAACCACAACAGCAGCCGCACUAGACCAGCACGAAUCCAGCCAUCCCUUCGAAGGCAACUCCUCAAUGGCUGCGCACUCCGCUUACGCAAGCGAGUUCCUCGAAACAGCCGUCUCGCAGAGCGCACUGCAAGUAUCCAGCCCGCGGAUCGGGGCUGCGCUGUCGACACUCAAACAGAUUGUGAGUAUGCAGGAUCAUCAGGCGCAUCCAUCGAGUUCGCGGGAGGUCAGGUUGCCGAAUCAGAAGGCGAUUCGGGGGACAGGGUUGCAGGACUUGGCAAUGCCGCCCAUGGAGUUGGUGCUGAGGUUGUGUCGAUGGGUUAAGGAGAGCCCACCGACUAUCUUCGAGGGGUACUUCCCGUUUAUUUCUGUUGACAAAUUCGUCCAGAAAUGCCGCGAGGUAUACUUUGCUAUCGACCAGUACUCCGAUGCCACCUUCAUCGUAGUCAACGGAGGUUUAUACAACGUCUUCAUCGAAUGGAGCUUCAUAACCAAACACCACGAGACAAGAGAAGAGUGUCAGAAAUACCUCAGCCUCUGCCGUAAAAAUCUCGAAACAGCCCUGGUCAAUCUGAACCUCCUCAUGCCCGCACGCGCAGAGUCUAUCGAAGCCCUUGCUCUCGGAGCCAUCCACGCAAUCGAAAUCUCCAAACCCUCCUUCGCCUGGACCCUAACAUCCACAGCUGCCCGCCUCUGCCAAACCCUCGGCUACCACCGCGCCUCCUCAAUGGAGCACGACACGCCGUCCACCCAACAGGAAAAAAUGGGCCUCUUCUGGUCGAUCUACUGUCUCGACAAAGCGCUCUCGCUUCGUCUGGGGCGCUCCUCGGCAAUCCAGGACUAUGACAUCUCCCUACCCAUGAACUUCGAGUCAUCCACCGUCGUGCAGCCGUGGAAGACUAUCCAUAAGUUGUGGAUCCGGCUCGCAAGUAUUCAGGGUAAGGUUUAUGAGUUUCUGUAUAGUCCAGCUGCGCUAGCCCAACCCGAGGAAGACCGUGUGUCCCAUGCACGACAGUUAGCAGAGGAGAUGCAGUGCACUGUUAUGGAUCCAUUCAAGAAAUUCACAACCGAACAUGAGUCCACCUUCAGCAAACUCCAAGACUACUACCUCUCCUCCGACCGCGUCAGCCGCUUCUCUGUCCUCACCCUCAUCUACCGCGCAAUCCCGCCUCCCCCAGACUCCCCCAGCGCCUUCACGCCACACUGCAUCGAGACAGCCCGUGCAGCGCUGCAGGCACACCAGGACUGCAUGAUAAGUAUCAAGGAGAGCAACGAGAUAUUGAAAUGCUCGUACAUGCACUGGACGAUCUUCUACGCGCCGUUUAUCCCAUUCAUAGUUCUCAUCUGCCACAUCCUUGAAGUCCCUAUCCCAAAUGCCCCGUCGCCUACAUCGCCAAAUCAAAGCAGUGCAUCGCCUGCCGGCGGCUGUGGAGGUGUGACAGACCUCUCCCGUCUAACGGACUUUGUUCUCUCCCUGCAUCCGCUGACCGCGCACUCUGAGGCGAUCGCUAAUCUGCACAGACUGUGUCAGGUUCUGUGCUCUGUGGCGAAAUUAUACGUCGAGGCCAAGGCGCAGGCUGCGCGGGGGCAGAGUAGGAGGAAUGGUGGGGAUGAUGAGGUGCUGGCGAGUGUGGGGCAGGAGUUUGAUGUGUAUUUGAGUGCGUUGGGGUUGGCGCCGCCGGGGGUUGGGGAUGGCGCCGUUGAUGGUGGUGGUAGUGGUAGUGGUGCGGAAGGGACAGGGGGAGGAAUGUCGGAUGUGGUGAUGGAUAGUGGAGUGUCGCAGACGACGCAGUUGGGGAAUUGGUUCUCGGGGAAUCAGUAUAUGAUGGGGUUGUUGGAGGAGGAUCUUUCGUUGAUUGAUUUCUCAGGGUGGUCGUGA